AUGGUGUCAACGUGGCGUGUGAGUACACUUACACACGCUGCGCCCUGGUGCUCCCUGCCGCGCGCCUUACCGCACCCCCCUGCACGCCCUGCCGCGCGCCCUGCCGCGUCCUACCACGCACCCUACCGCGCCCGGUCGCGCCGCUACCGCCCGCGCAUGCCGCACCUGCACCUGCCGCCGCCCGUGCCUGCUGCGCCCUGUCGCGCCGCUGCCGCCAGCGCCUGCCGAACCCGACACCUGCCGCGCGGCUACUGCCCGCCUGCAACCGCAUGCCGUACGCCUGUCGCCGUGCCUGCCGCCGCACUUGAUGCGCGCUUGCCACACGCCCUACCACCGCGCCUGCCGGCGCACCUGCCGGCGCCCCUGCCGCACGCCUGCCGUCAUGUGCCUGCCACCGUGCCCCGCCCGUUAGCGCCCUGCCCCGCGCGUUUCCCGUCCCCCCGCGCGUGCAGCCCGUCCCACAAGGGCGCAACCCGGUCCCGCCCCGUGCGCAGCCCCACGUGCAGCCCGCUUCGAGCGCAGACCAGCCCGCCCUGCGCACUGCCCGUCCCACCGCGCGCGCAGCCUUGUUCCGUCCAGCGCGCAGCCCCACGUACAGCCCACCCCGCGCGCAGACCAGCCCGCCCCUCCCGCCCGCGCGCAGCCUGUCCCGCCCCACGCACUAACCGCCCCGCGCGCUGCCCAUCCUGCCCCGUGUGCAGCCCGUCCCGCCACACGCGCAGCCCCGUCCCGCCCCGCACGCAGCCCCACGCGCAGCCCGCCCCACGCGCAAUCCAGCCCGCCCUGCGCGCAGCCCGUCCAGCCUGCACGCAACCCGUCCCGCCCCGCGUGCAGCCCGUCCCCAGCAACCGCGCACGCCGCCGCCCACUUGCACCUGCGCGUACAGCAGCAGCCGCGCGCGACCGGCUCCCCGCACAGCUGCACGCGUACCAGCAGCCGCGCACGCGCCUGCUGCCCUGCGCGCAACAGCAGCCGCUCGCACAACGCCAGCCGCACACGCACCUGCAGCCGCUCUCGCACGUGUUGCCCCACACGUACCCGCACUCGCACCCGUUGCCCCACACGUACCUGCUGCCAUAG